AUGAUAUGCGAAGAGGCAUAUCAGUAUCAACCACUCCAUGAGCAAAACGAUCACAUGAUGACAAUGAUGAUGAUGGACUUGAGCCAAUCACCACUCUCAUCAUCACCAAAGUCACCAUCAAACAACAUUGACUCCAAUGAGGAAGAGAGACUAGAAGAUGUGAAUUUGAGUGGCAUGUCACUACAAUCUCUCCCAAAUCCUUCCCUCAAUUUGGGUAUUAUUUGCAAGCUUGAUCUCUCCAAUAACCAUAUCAAGAAAAUACCAGAAUCUCUAACGGCAAGACUACUAAACUUGAUAUCAUUAGAUAUUCACUCAAACCAGAUCAAAACUCUUCCAAACUCCAUUGGUUGUCUCUCUAAACUCAAGAUCCUUAAUGUCUCCGGCAACUUUCUCGUUUACCUCCCCAAUACUAUUCAAAAUUGCAGGUCACUUGAAGAACUAAACGCAAACUUCAACGAGCUAAUAAGAUUACCAGACUCCAUAGGCUUAGAACUAACCAACCUAAAGAAGCUCUGUAUCAACUCAAACAAGCUCACAACCCUACCAACCACCAUCACCUACCUAACCUCCCUCCGCGUCCUCGACGCUCGUCUCAACUGCCUCAUGAUCCUCCCUGACGACCUCGAGAAUCUCAUCAACCUAGAGAUACUCAACGUCAGCCAAAACUUCCAGUACCUCACCACACUCCCAUCUUCCAUAGGCCUCCUCAUGAACCUCCUCGAGCUAGACAUCAGCUACAACAACAUCACAGUCUUGCCUGACUCCAUUGGCUGCAUGAGGCGGCUAAAGAAGCUGAGCGCUGAAGGAAACCCGAUCGUGUCGCCACCUAUAGAGGUUGUGGAGCAGAGCUUGCAGGCGGUGAGAGUGUAUCUGAGCCAGAAGAUGAAUGGUAUGGUGGUGAACACCUCGCCUAAGAAGAAGUCGUGGGGGUUUCUUAAACUGGUUAAGUAUGGGACGUUUAAUGGAAGAUCAAGGGCUUGGAGUAGGGAAGAGAGGGAAGGGCUUAUAAUGCCUGAGUAUCGUCCUAUUGAUCUCUUGGCUUCGAGUAGGUUCCCUGGUGUCUCACCUCGAAGUAUCUUUUCUCCAAGAACCUAUUUCAGCAGGUAA